CGCUCUGCUGCCUUUUCACACGCAGAGGAGAGGACGGAGACAGUCCCUGCACUGACCGAGGGCGAAGGGAGCAGCUCGGGACCUGCGAAGCUCCGCUCUCCCCACUCCUGCCUCGAGCCCCUCCGCGCGCCCAAACUUUUGCUCCCUCGUUUAUUGAUGCAGCCGAAACUGUGUCAGGAAAAUUAAAAUCCCCUCGGGGCAGGAGGGAGGGAGGGAGACACCCUCCCCACCAACCAACCAACCAACUCCGCCCUGUGCCUAGUGGGAUUCCUGCCUGCAGGCAGCCAACAAGUGAGAAGCGGCGGCGCCAGAGGCGGCUGCGGGAGGGAGGGAGCGGAGAGCCCGGGAUUUCUGUCGCUGGUGCUGCGGGCUCUGGUAGCGGCAAAGCAGCCGGGGAUCGCUCGGCGGCUGGGUUUUGCCUGAAGCGGCAGCUUGCCUCGCCUGCACCCCGGGAAUAAUGCGGAGCGCGUGGAUACUGCUCACUUGUGGCUUGGUGGCCUGUGUGUCCGGGGAGUCGAGAGCAGAGUUGACCUCUGAUAAAGACCUGUAUCUCGACAACAGCUCUGUUGAAGAAGCAUCAGGCGUCUAUCCAAUUGACGAUGACGAUUAUUCUUCUGGGUCAGGCUCAGGAGCUGAAGAAGAUGAAGAUAGCUCAGUGACAGAAACAUCUAGAAUACUUCCAAAGAUACCAUCAACUAGUGAUGCGCCGAAAGCUGAGACAACUACACUGAAAACACAGACCAAGAUACCUGCACAAACAAAGUCACCUGAAGAAAAUGACGACAAAGAUAAAAUUCAGAAGACAAAGUCUAACGCUAACAAAAAGAACGACCCUGGUGAUGACACUGAUGUAUUUACUGAGAAGCAUUCAGAAAACCUCUUUCAAAGAACAGAAGUACUUGCAGCUGUUAUUGCUGGUGGAGUUAUUGGCUUUCUCUUCGCAAUUUUCCUUAUCUUGCUGUUGGUAUAUCGCAUGAGGAAGAAGGAUGAAGGUAGCUACGACCUUGGUGAACGUAAACCAUCCAGUGCUGCCUAUCAAAAGGCACCUACUAAGGAGUUUUAUGCAUAAAACUCCUACUUAGUGUCUCUAUUUAUGAGAUCACUGAACUCUUUUAAAUAAAGCUUUUGCAUAGAAUAAUGAAGAUCUUUUUUCUUUAAAGAGCCAUUAUGGCACCUUUAUGAUAAAAUCCCAUUGUAUUUAAAACUUUUCAUGUAUUCCUUUAAAAAAUGUAAAAUUAAAACUUAACAUUUGCAGUGUUCUGUGAAUAGCAGUGGUAAAGCAUUAUUUUAUAAAACCAUUGAUGUUCACUGAAUCAUUUUUAAAACUUUAUGCAUAAAUAUAAAAUAAUGAAAAUGAUUGUUUUAUCCUAUGGCUCAAUGAAAGUUGUUUAAUUUUUGUCAGCAUGUCUCAGAUUGAUCUUACAAGUUAGUUUUUAUUUCAUUAAUUUAUCGAUUUCCAAAAAAAUGCCUUUUUGUAGUUGUCAUGGUGCAAUUUGUCUUCAGAUAAUUCAGAUGACAGUAACUUUUAGUGUAAAUGUAAUUUUUCAGCUAUGUAAACUUUAACCUCCACUUUGUAUCAAUUUGUGUCCGAAUAUCAAUUUUACACUUUGCAUUGUUUCUCAAUGUAACUGUAGCUUCAGUGAAAUUUGUAACAGCAAAAUAAUGUGUAAAAUUGGAUUAUUACUAGAAACUGUAUAGUCAUAUCCUUACUAAACAAAUCUUUAAGUAAGAUUUGAAGUAAGCUACUGACAAGCCUAAGCAAACCCAAAGACUCUAACAGUAUUCUGAAAAGUUGCUGCAGAUUUCUAUGGCCACUGUAUCUGUUAAUUUCUUGAAUUUGAAGUUACACGUAGGGGUUUAAAAAUCAAUUUUUGUUCUUAAAAGUAUACUUAAGUUGUAAACGUGUUUUAAAGCCUUUGAAGUGCCUAUGAUUCUAUGUAACUUGUCGCAGACUGGUGUUAAUGAAUAUAUAACAGUAAAAGAAAAUGUUGGUAUUUUAUAAGCACAGACGAUUCUAAUGGUAACUUUUGUAGUCUUACAUGGAUGAUAGACAUAAAUUGUAAUUUGGGAACAUAAACACUACUGAAUAAAUCACGUGGCCUAAUACUGAAAUGUCAUAGUCAUAUACUUUUGUACUUUUUCACCUUACUCCUACAUGGUUAUGUUUAAUAUCACAAAUUAUGUCUAUUAAAUCUUGGAGCAUGUUAUUUGGAAACGAAGACCAAAAAAGCCGUUGAUGAGGCUUAUGCUUUGCACAGAGAUUCAGAAAUGGCAGGGAAAACCUUGAAUAUUUCUUUGUGUAAAAACUUGGAAUCAUGCCUGUGAAUUAUAAGGCUUUCAAUCUUUUCAUUAUAUUCAAUGGCAGCUUUGGCAUAGACAUACACUUUCUGCAAAUGUUAAUUUCAGGCUGUAAAACUCAAAAGGAGUAUAUGCAGGUUCAUGUAUUAUGGAUAUAAUUUCUUUUAUUUCACCUUUGGAGAAGCUCAGCUUGAUUCAACUCAGACUCCAGAAGGAGAAUUGAGAAGUGGCGUAUCUUCAUAGGAGAAGACAAGACCUAUUUCAAGUAGAAAAGAUAAAAAAGACUUUAUUGGUUAGCAUUCAAAUAGCUGUAUAACAAAGAUGACAGCAGUAUGUUUGCCUAUGAUAGGUUCUGACUUCAGGUCUGUUAAUUUCCUCUUUUCUUAUUUCUUAAUUUCAAAAUGAGGUGGACAGAACUGAACUUACUUGCUUCUCACAAUUCUGUACCCUUGUACAUACAAAAUAGUAGGACUCCAAAUAAUAUAAUCAUUUAAUAUUUGCUGCUGCUCCAAGUUCAGUGGUCAUUUAGGGAAAAUUUAAUUUUUUUCUAUACUGUAAGUAGUUAAAAACCUUUUAGGCUUGCUGGCAGAUUUUCCAAAGCCAUAUAUCUUCACCAACUAAAAUCAAGGUAAAUAUUUAAUAGGUAUAUCUUAUUGUGCAAUAUUUAAUGAAAUUCAAUUAAUAAAACAACUAUUUGAAAUAACGGUGCCAAGAAAAGAAAAUUUCUGGCAAAUGCUGUGCCACUGCUAUAAAAUAAAAUAUUUGUUAAAGUGCCAAAAUAAAGUCUACCAUGCCUAAACUAAUAUUUCAUUUGUAUAGUCUGACAUCCAGUCUUCUCCAAGCCCAUUUUAUUUUGCAGUAGAUUGAGUUUUCUUAAAGAUGUAGUAAAUGCUGUUUAGUUUAGUUGUAAACAUUAAAUGCAUGAUAAAUUGUCUACUUUUUCUUCCUCAGCAGAUCAAUAUUAAAUUGCUUGAAUAACCAA